UUCGGUUGUACUCGAAUCCGCACUUCGUUGAUGCGCAAGCGCGUUCUGAUUACAGUGAAAUAGUUCGUUUUCAAAAUACUACCAAGUCUACCUGCAGGUUCUUUGCGUUUGUGCUAACUAUAAUUUGACUGUGUAACGAGUUGUGGAUUUGACCCGUGGUAAAAACCAAGUUGUUUUAUUCAACAUAUACUGUAACUCGUGACAUUGCAACUUUUCUGGUAGUAGAUAAUGAUGUUAUCAACAAACAGCUAGAUUUUACUACAUAAGCCCUUCAAGUGAAAGAAGAUAAAGUAAAUAUUAUUUAAAUAAUUAUAAAAGUUAUUUAACAACAUGGACAAAAAAGUUGAAGAAAACAACUUUAACUCAUCUGCCAAUUUAAAAGACAACCCUGGUUUUGAAUCAUCAUUGAGUAUAGCGACAUGUGAAGAAAAGAAUGAGAAGCCAUACAACCCGUUCGAACACCGUGAACUCGAGCACCCUAAUUCUACAAUCGGCUCAAUACUUCACCUGCUGAAGGCAUGUCUAGGUUCUGGCAUUCUGGCGAUGCCAGCAGCCUUCAAGAACUCUGGCAUCGUAGCUGGAUCUAUUGGGACUUUACUGGCUGGAUAUGUCUGCACUCACACUAUAUCUGUGUUGGUUAAAAUAUCACAAGAAGUAUGCGUGGAUGCCAAGAAGCCAUCUAUGAGCUUUUCUGAGACGUGUGCUGCAGCCUUCGAGUACGGCCCUAAAAAACUGAGGCCCUGGAGCAACUUUUUCAAAGUAUUGGUGGACUUUUCCCUGCUACUCACGUACAUAAGUGUCUUAUGUGUGUACGUUGUAUUCAUUGGUUCAUCUUUUAAAGAGGUAAUAGAUGUGCUAGUACCGGAAUCCCAACUAUCCAUUCAGACGUAUUGCGUACUUACCCUAGUACCACUAGUACUGCUAUGUCAAAUUAGGAACCUUAAGUACUUGGUCCCAGUCUCCGGUCUGGCGAACGCACUCAUCGUCAUCGUGUUUGGCACCACCAUGUACUAUAUUUUCUCUGACUUGCCACCGGUCAGUGAGAGAGAGAUGGUUGCUAAAGUUUCGCAAUGGCCUCUCUUCGUCAGCACCGUUAUAUUCGCUAUGGAGGGGAUUGGAGUCGUCAUGCCUGUAGAGAACGAGAUGAAAAAGCCACAGCAGUUCCUAGGAUGCCCGGGAGUUUUAAAUGUUUCUAUGGUUAUUGUUAUAGUCCUGUACGCUCUUUUUGGUUUCUUUGGAUAUGUGCAGUACGGGGAAGUAGUAAAGGGAAGCAUUACUUUAAAUCUACCAGAAAACGACAAGCUCGCGCAAGCAACAAAGUUGUUAAUGGCUAUCGUAAUUUACUUCUCGUUUCCUUUACAAUUAUACGUGUCCAUGGAAAUCAUAACGAGGAUGACGAAAAACCGCCUGUCAAGUAAAUUUGAGAACGUCUUCCAAAUUACCAUCAGAACUCUUAUCGUAACAUUAACAGUCGGUAUUGCGGCAGCCUUCCCGAACUUGGAGUUGGUGAUCAGCUUCGUAGGCGCCGUCUUCUUGUCUACUCUGGGUCUCCUCUUUCCUGCCAUCAUCGAAAUCGUUUACCGCUGGGACCGAGACACUGGUCGAUUCAACUACAUCAUUUACAAGGACAUCAUUAUAGCAAUCGUGUCCAUCAUAGCCCUUGUGUCUGGAGCAUAUGUAUCUAUCGUUGGGCUGAUUGAAGAAUUUAUCAUAGGACAAAGCCCUGAAGUACAUAAUGAUACCUUGACAUGAUUAUAAAAUGGCUCGAUGAAACUAAAAUAUGUAGCAGUAUGUAGUAUCAAAUUUUGAUAAGAUUUCUCAAUUUUGUGACGGAUCUAAUGUAAAUAGAUAUACGAGUAUGAGAAUUUGUAUGUUACCCAUCUAAAAUAAAAGUGAAUUAGGUGUAAACUUGCCUGCGGUUAAAACAUAAAUGAUUGAUAGUAUUAUGUAAAAUAAUCUAAAGAUGUAACAUAUCUAAAUACCUUAAAAACCUACUAAACUAUUACAAAAAUCUCAACCUAAACAAUCCUACUCUAACUAACAACCACAAGAACUAUUCACAAAAUACGCCCCGCGCCACUCCUGAUGCAAAGAAGCCCAUCACGCUCGCCUCGUUGCCACAUCGAACAAUGAUGGAUAACCAUUGCAUAAGGAACAACCGAAAGCGAUGGUCAUGACCACUCUAAUAAUAAAA